CUGUGCCAUGUGAGCGAGGAGUGCGGGGGAGGAAGUGUCGUAAAGCGAGUCCAAGAUGGCGGCGGCCAUAACUGCGUCAAUAUGGGGGUCGUUUUUACGGAUCCACCGAGGGGUGUCCGCUGCUGGCAGCCUACUUUCUCAGAGCUGUAUCCACACUACUGCUGCUCUGGAGGGACGUGAUUGGGAGAUGAAAAACAGAGUUGUGUAUCCACCUCAACUUUCUGAAGAGCCUCGAAGAUCAGCAGAGGUAUUCCACUGUCGGCGCCAGAUCAAAUACAGCCCAGAUAAGAUGUGGUAUUUGGCCAAACUGAUCAGAGGGAUGUCUAUAGACCAAGCUGUUGCUCAACUGGAAUUCAACGACAAAAAAGGGGCAAAGAUCAUGAAAGAGGUCUUGCUUGAAGCCCAAGACUUGGCUGUAAAAAAUCACCAUGUGGAGUUCAGGUCCAACCUCUAUAUAGCUGAGUCAUUUUCUAACAAAGGAACAUAUCUAAAGAGGCUUCGUUACCACGCACGAGGCAGAUUCGGCAUCAUGGACAAGGUGCACUGCCAUUACUUUGUCAAGUUGGUGGAGGGUCCUCCGCCUCCUAAAGAACAACCAAUUACAGGCUUCGAUCAGGCUAAGGACUAUGUUCAGCAGCUGAGAAACCGCACGAUCAUCCACUCCCUGUGACACGGACACAGCAGCUCCAAGAAAAAUCUGCAAUGACAAACCGUGCACUGCCUUCUUAACCCGUACUUGUGUUUAUAAAAUCCUGUCUACAAAUGGCAUGUAUUACUUUAAGUUUAUUAAAGUCUUUCUGCUUUUCA